AAGACAAAAGUCGCAUUCAUCUGCGCAUUCGUCACUUUGCCUCAGUGUAAAGGGAUUGCUUUCGUCGUGGUGGAACCUGGAUUGCUAAAGCCGUCAUCCCCCUGCCUACAUGUGUCGGAUCGCCGACGGAUCUCCAGGAUGGUCGGGAGCUGAAGAUGAGCGUGGAUGUACCAGUCGAUGAUUGGCUGUCUGCCUAGCCAAUCCCGGGAGAUCUGAGGAAGGACAGUGUUGCUGGACAGCGGCCAGAACACCUUGUGGAUGGAGCAGCAGACGGCUGACCGGAGACACAGUGUCGUGUGGAUUGGUGCUCCAGUCGCUCCUCUCUCCAAACCCCAAACCCAAACUGAGGUGCUUCAUACGUUGGAAUGUGUUGCGCUUGUUCACACUGACACUCUGGGUCCGCCUUUCGAAAAACUGCAAAAACAUUCAGGGGAAAAGGGAAGCCCCGAACGGAAAAGCCUUAAUUCGUACAUCUAGCCAACUUGAAUUGCAUUGUAUUCGCCGUUGCCUUUUGUGGUGAGACGGCAGUAAGCAAGAACGGAAAAAGAACAGCAACAAAAAAACUAUUAGAAAGCGAUAGCGGCUGUGUGGGGAGAGAGAGGCUCGCUUCUGAUUCCCAUCACGUAGACGCAACCGAGAGGAAAAUAAUUUGGAGCUGUCAGUCACCUUCAUCACCAUCAUGGGGAGGUGUGAAGGUCGGCCGUCACGCUCGGUGUGUUUCCCGGCGGUGCUGGCGCUGCUGGCCGCCACGGCGGUGGCCUUGGAGUAUGAGGGAGUCCCCGGCCAGUGGGCGCGCUACAGCCGCUGGGACGCCAAGGCCGAGGGCGACCUCAGCCUCAUCGUCAAGACCAACCUCAGCAAGGCGCUGGUGCUCUACCUGGACGACGGCGGCAACUGCGACUUCCUGGAGCUGCUGGUGGUGGACGGACGGCUGCAGCUGCGCUUCACCAUCCACUGCGUGGAGCCCGCCAGGCUGCACACGGAGACGCGCGUCAACGACCACCGCUGGCACCGCGUGCUGCUCACGCGCAACCACCGGGAGACGCGGCUGGUGGUGGACAACGAGAACAAGCGGGCGGAGGUCAAGGCCAAGCGGGGGGAGAUGGUGGUGGCCAGCGACCUGUUUGUGGGCGGGAUCCCGCCCGACGUGCGCCUGUCGGCGCUGACCUCCAGCACGGUGAAGUACGAGCCGCCGUUCCAGGGGCUGAUCGCCAACCUGAAGGUGGGGGAGGCGGCCCCGCUGCUGCUGGACGGCCAGGGGGUCCACAACGACGUGGACUACCUGUGCGAGCUCCACUCGCCCUGCGGCCACGGAGGGGCGUGCUCGCUUCACCAGGGCCAGGCCGUCUGCGACUGCAGCAACAGCGGCUACAAGGGCAGCUACUGCCAGGAAGUAGCAGUCCAGAAGGAAGUUGAAGGUCUGGCGCAUCUGAAGCUGACCCGCCAAGUUAAUCGCCAAGGCCAGGCUGAGUCGGUGGCCACCUUCAGGGGCAACGAGUUCUUCAGCUACAACCUGUCCCAGACGCCCAUCCAGAGCAGCCUGGACGAGAUCACGCUGUCCUUCCGCACGCGGCAGCGCAACGGGCUGCUGCUGCACACGGGCCGCUCGGCCGACUACGUCAACCUGUCCCUGAGGAACGGGGCCCUGUGGCUGGUGAUCAACCUGGGCUCCGGGGCCUUCGAGGCCCUCGUGGAGCCCGCCGCCGGCAACUUCAACGACAACGGCUGGCACGACGUGCGGGUCACGCGGAACCUGCGCCAGGUCACCAUCCUGGUGGACGGCAUCCUGACCACCACGGGCUACACCCAGGAGGACUACACCAUGCUGGGCUCAGACGACCUCUUCUACAUCGGCGGGAGUCAGAACACGGCCGACCUGCCCGGCUCCCCCGUCAGCAACAACUUCAUGGGCUGCCUCAAAGACGUGGUGUACAAGAACAACGAGUUCCGGCUGGAGCUGUCGCGGCUGGCCGAGCAGCGGCACCCCAAGGUGGGGAUCCACGGGGACCUGGCCUUCCGCUGCGACGACGUGGAGGCCCUGGAGCCCGUGUCCUUCGACGCGCCCGCCGCCUUCCUGACGCUGCCGCGCUGGAACACCAAGAGGACCGGCGCCAUCUCCUUCGACUUCCGCUCCACCGAGCCCAGCGGCCUGCUGCUGUUCGGCCAGGGCAGCCAGAGGGCGUCGGCCCCCGACCGCAAGCCCCGCGCAGACUACUUCUCCAUGGAGCUCCUGGACGGCUUCCUGUACCUGCUGAUGGACAUGGGCUCCGGCAGCAUCAAGAUGAAGGCCAGCGCCCUCCGGCUGACGGACGGCGAGUGGUGCCACGUGGACUUCCAGCGGGAUGGCCGCAAAGGGUUCAUCUCGGUCAACAGCCUCAGCCUCCCCUUCGCGGCCAACGAAGGCAGUGAGAUCCUCGAUCUGGACGGGGACAUGUACCUGGGGGGUCUCCCUGAAGAACGCCUGCAGAGCCAGGGCCCGGGCCAGCCGGGCCAGAGCCAGCAGGGCUUGAUGUCCCUGCCUCCGGAGGUGUGGACGGCCUCCCUCAACCUGGGCUACGUGGGCUGCGUGAGGGACCUUUUCAUCGACGGCCAGAGCCGGGACCUGCGCAAGCUGGCGGAGGUCCAGGGCGCGGCGGGCGUCAGCGGCCUGUGCACCAAGGAGACCCAUGUCCAGUGCGCCAAGGACACCUGCCUCAACGGAGGCCACUGCCGAGAGGGCUGGAACCGGCACAUCUGCGAGUGCAACGGCACAGGGUACCUCGGAGCGAGCUGUGAGACCGAGGCGACGGUGCUGAGCUACGACGGCAGCAUGUACCUGAAGGUGGUGCUCCCGCAGGCGCUGCACACGGAGGCGGAGGACCUGUCCCUGCGCUUCAUGUCCCAGCGGGCCUACGGCCUGCUGGUGGCCACCACCUCCCAGGAGUCGGCCGACACCCUCCGUCUGGAGCUGGACGGGGGCCGGGUGAAGCUCACGGUCAACCUGGAUUGUAUCAGGAUAGACUGUUCCCUCAGUAAAGGUCCUGAGAUGCUGGUGGUGGGACAGAAGCUCAACGACAACGAGUGGCACACGGUGAAGGUGGUCCGCCGGGGGAAGAACCUGCAGCUGUCCGUGGACAACGUCACCGUGGAAGGUCACAUGACCGGCGCCCACACCCGGCUGGAGUUCAACAGCGUGGAGACGGGCAUCAUGACGGAGCGCCGCUUCAUCUCCGUCAUGCCCUCCAACUUCAUCGGCCACCUGCAGUCGCUGGUGUUCAACGGCGCGCCCUACCUGGACCAGUGCAAGAACGGCGACAUCUCCUACUGCGAGCUCAACGCCCGCUUCGGCAUGCGCCACAUCGUGGCCAACCCCGUCAGCUUCGGCAGCCAGGAGAGCUACAUGGCCUUCUCCACGCUGCAGGCCUACGCCUCCAUGCACCUCUUCUUCCAGUUCAAGACCCCCACGCCUGACGGCCUCAUCCUCUACAACUCGGGCGACGGCAGCGACUUCAUCGUGGUGGAGCUGGUGAAAGGCUACAUCCACUACGUGUUCGACCUUGGCAACGGGCCGUCGCUGAUGAAGGGCAACUCGGACAAGCCGCUCAACGACAACCAGUGGCACAACGUGGUGGUGUCGCGCGACGCCGGCAACGUGCACACGCUCAAGAUAGACGCGCACACCGUCACACAGCACUCCAACGGGGCCCGCAACCUGGACCUCAAAGGCGAGCUCUACAUCGGUGGGGUGGGGAAGGGCAUGUACAACAGCUUGCCCCGGCUCAUAGCGUCCAGCGAGGGCUACCAGGGCUGCCUGGCCUCCGUCGACCUCAACGGCAGGCUGCCUGACCUGCUGGCCGACGCUCUCCACAAGGUGGGGCAGGUGGAGCGCGGCUGUGGAGGGCCGAGCACCACCUGUACGGAGGAGUCGUGCCUCCACCAGGGGGUGUGUCUGCAGCUCUGGGAGGGCUUCUUCUGCGACUGCACCAUGACCACGUACGGUGGGCCCUUCUGCAGCGACCCUGGAACCACGUAUAUCUUUGGUAAAGGAGGUGCCCUCAUCACCUACACCUGGGCUCCCAAUGAGCGACCGAGCACGCGUGCCGACCGCCUGGCCGUGGGCUUCAGCACGCUGCAGAAGGACGCCAUCUUGGUCCGCGUAGAGAGCACCCACGGGCUAGGAGACUUCCUCCAGCUUCAUAUAGGGAACCUGCGGCUGGUGGGCGACUCGCUGUCGGCCGUCACCGCCGACGCCACGGCCGCGACGCCGGUGGCCGUGUCCGACAUGUCCACCACCAUCAUGGAGACCACCACCACCAUGGCCACCACCACCACCCGGCGCCAGCGCUCGCCCAGCCUGCGGGAGAGCAUCUCUAAGCCCCAGAACUCAGACGACAUCCUGGUGGCGUCCGCCGAGUGCCCCAGUGACGACGAGGAUCUGGAGGAGUGUGAGCCCGGAACAGGAGGUGAACUCGUGUUGCCCAUAAUAACGGUGGACUCCCUCGAGCCGCCCUCCAUCGCCACCCGCUUCCCCGCCAUCCCCCCUCCCCCCACCCUGCUGUCCCCGCUCGACACCACCAGAGAGUCCCUGAUGGUGCCCCCCCACCCCUCCUCCUGCCCCCCCGACCAGGAGGACUGCGGUGACCCCGUGGAGGUGUCGGCCUUCGGCUCCGGCGAGAUGACCGAGUCGGACGACGAGGACUUCUACGGCAACGCCAACAACUCCCCGCUGGUCACCGACAGGACCGUCCUGCCGCCCCCUCCCGCCGCCGCCGGCGAGGGCGGAGCCGGCAAGAAACCCCGCCCCCACCACCCUCCCCGUGCUCCCACCACCCACCCCGACCAGCCGCAGCACCACAUCCCCGCGGGCAAAAUGAACACCCGAGACCAGGUGCUUCUGCCGCCCGCGCCCCCCUCCUCCAGAAACACCCCCGGACUAACCUACCCCCCCAAUUUUCCCCAUGUGCCCACAGCCGCGCCGACGGGGCCGGACGAGGAGAAGGGCCGGCCCGGGGCGGUGGAGGUGAUCAGGGAGUCCAGCAGCACCACGGGCAUGGUGGUGGGCAUCGUGGCCGCCGCCGCGCUCUGCAUCCUCAUCCUGCUCUACGCCAUGUACAAGUACCGCAACCGGGACGAGGGCUCCUACCAGGCGGAGCAGGGCCACAGCUACGUCAACAGCAGCGGCCUGGAGGGCGCCGGGGGCCCCCGCAAGGACAAGGCGGACGGCACGGCCAUGGGGCCGGUGGCGGCCGGGACGGGGACCAAGGCGACCGCCAAGGGCAAGAAGAACAAGGACAAGGAGUACUACGUGUGAGGGAGAGGACGGAGGGAGGACGAAGAGACGUGGACGGACACUUAAGAGGAUGGAUUGACGUUUUCAUAUCCCCCCCCCACACACACACACACACACACACACCCCCACCCCCCAUUACUUCCUGCCCCGUCAGUUUUCAGAAAAGGUCACAAAGACCUAGAGAUGGAGGUUGAGGGCAACGACGGUUCUGUUACGAGUUACGUUCACAUUGGGACACAACGCGACCCGCUGAACGUUUGUCUAAAAAAAGAAUAGGCCAUGGGACCCGCUCUCUGUGCUGACCUCCGCUCUCUCAUUCUGCCAGCGCCGUUCAUCUACUGUCCUUUUGUUUCUCGAUGUAAUUACUGAGUUAGAGUGAGCAUCCAUUUUGGCUUUGUACAUAGCAGGGAUACGGUUAGGUAAGGCACAUGCAGGGGACAGCUCUACAUGUUGGUCUGUUGGGACUUUUUCUUUUUUUAUACUUUCCUACGCCCUCUCCGAAGAAAAGAUGUUGUGUGUGGUUUGCGGGGAGUGCAAGCUAGUUACUGGGUAAUAUUUGGUAGAUUAGUGGGGAAGCCGAAUCGAUGCUGACCUAAGCUCCUGAGCCCGUACGUGGAUAUGGUUAAUAUUAUAUGAGGUCGACGCCCGGACUCAUCUUCCACCGCAACACGGUUUGAAUUUAAAAGUCUCCGAUGGUCAUUGGUUUUCAGUUGCCAGCGCCAUAUCAUAUUUAAAGCAUGAUAUAUAUCGGUUUCCUGCUGAAAAUGACAGACUUAAAAAAAAUAGGUUCUAAAAAGUGUUCCACGUACUCCAAUGAACUGUAUAUCCGGAUGAGUCAUAACCAAAGUCAUCCAUUUUAUUUUUCACCACAUUACAGUCAAAGUUUCCCUCAUUAACCCUUGCUUCCCCGUAAUAUCGUCCACCGCCCCCCCGGACGCGAGUGGCAGGUCUGCGCCGCAACGUGUGGAUGUACAUACCCGGAGUAGACAGACUAACGUGACAAGUGAGGGCCUUUUUAUAGACAAUACAGGACACUUAAAAAGACUCUUAUGUGUGACUAAAUGUUCUGUCCCUAUACCGUUGUCAGUGUUGAAACUCUUCAGUCCGAAGCACCGCGGGAUCUUUGUGGUGAUGAACAGAAUCCUAAACCGAGAGCUUUCCCCCUUUUCUUUUUUCUCCACGUAUUUACGUGACGCAAAUGCGACGUCCUCCACGUACGCUGGAGAAAUGCGAGGGUCUCUUAACUUUUUUUUUCCUUCUUGAAAAAAAUUGUCCCGGGAUAAAGCUAAAGCACACAUUUAAUGUAAAACAUAUCGUUGAAACAUUGAUAUUCCUUGUAAAGCAGCCAAACAUGUUUUUUUGUUUUUUACGAAAAAGAGAAUUGUGUGAGAUGAAUAAUGAAGUUUGUGAAACGUAUUGAUAUUUCUCUAAUAUUUUGGUGUGUAUCUUGUCGCCACCCCUUUCAGCACAUUACUUUUUGAUUGCCUUUUACUGAAAUCCAGAAGAGAAGCACACCACACUCUGAUAGCUGCAGUCACUUUGGUUCCUAUUCUCGUGGCGGAUUCAAGAUGGUGCGGGUGAGACACUCAACAACUGGUUUUUGUUUGUUUACAAGCAGCCAUUUAUUUGUGCCAUUAGCUAAUGUUUCCAAACAGGUCUUAUACUUAAACUCCACUGUCUGACGAUGAAUUAUGUCUUCAGUUUGAUCUGUGACCUAUUCAUUCUGUUCUGUUCUGUUUAGUUUUUUUCAUGAAAGUGCCAUUUAACAUGGGCGUCUCAGUGCUCAGAAGUUAUUUCAUUCCUUAUUCAUUGCUAUUGUAUAGUGUUCCUGUGAAAUGGAUCUUAAUAUGUGUACAGACCAUGGUUCAAAAGGACAAUACACUUGAUUAUAUACUUUGUAAA